UCAGAAUCAACUCCUCCCUCCUGUGUGGUGGCUUUUCCGACCAAAAGAUCCUCAGACGUGAACAGUUUCGCUGAGGAGCACUUUACUCCCCCCUUCAGCCCUCCCCCAGCUGCCUGCCCCCUGAAAAAAAAAAAAAAAAAAACAUCCAGGCGGACAGCCGAGGCGUCACUUUCUGCAGAACGACCUGAGUGAACGGAGUUGAGGUGUUGGAUAAUCGGGUCUCCAGUCGUACUUCGUCCGGAUCUCCGUCAGCGAUGGAGACUCGGGCUGGCUCCCGCCCAGGCUCACGCGUCUCUCUGGGUCUCUGGCUGAUGUUCGCCGCUCAUGCUCUCCAAAACGCCAGGGCGGAGAUAAGUAGCGGAUCUUGCCCGUCGCCUGUUCAACUUCACCGGGGGGAGCAGCAGCUGCAGACAGGGGUGCGCUCCGACCCCGCCGAGGAGAUGGCUGAGGUCAGGGAACCCGGGGUAAUUGAUCAGGAAUCUGGGAUGCUUGGUACUUCUGGCCCUAAUUUAAGUUUUGAAGUUAAAACCGCCGGUUCUGAGUCUGGGCUGGCCGAGGAUGCUGCGCUCGGGAGAGCCAAGAGGAGCGCUCCAGACUUCAACGAGUUUAGCGACAGCGACUGGACCGGCCGGACCGCGCAGCUGGAUAGCCAGAAACCCGGCAGGUCGGAAUUCGGGUGGGCAAGGGAGGAUGGGAGAGGAAAUACCCGGCAGGAUGAGCCCAUGAGCAGCAGCACCUUCGCUCUCACGGGUGACUCUGCGCACAACCACGCCGUGGUCUACUGGACCGGACAGAACAGCAGUGUCAUCCUCAUUCUCACCAAACUGUACGACUUUCACAUCGGCAGCGUCACUGAGAGCACUCUUUGGAGAUCCACUGACUACGGAUCGACGUACGAGAGGAUGAACGACAAAAUCGGGUCCAAGGCUGUACUCAGUUACCUGUAUGUGUGCCCGUCCAAUAAGAGGAAGAUUAUGCUGCUGACUGAUCCGGAGUUUGAGAGCAGCGUGCUCAUUAGCACCGAUGAGGGAGCCAGUUACCAGAAGUACCGCCUCUCCUUCUUCGUCCUGAGCCUUUUAUUCCACCCCACAGAGGAGGACUGGGCCUUGGCCUACAGCCACGACCAGAAGUUGUACAGCUCAGUCGACUUCGGCAGGAAAUGGAUGCUCAUCCAUGAACACGUCACCCCGAACAGAUUCUACUGGUCUGUGUCCGGCCUGGACAAAGAACCAGACCUGGUCCACAUGGAGGCUCACACACCAGAUGGAAAUGUGCAGUAUGUCACAUGCAGAGCUCAGAUGUGCUCCGAAGCCAACAGGAAUUAUCCGUUCCCGGGAUACAUCGACAUCAGCUCCCUGGUGGUUCAGGAUGACUACAUUUUCAUACAGGUCCCCACAUCUGGACGAGCAACUUAUUACGUCUCCUACAAGAGAGAAGCCUUCAUCCAAAUCAAACUGCCCAAGUAUUCCCUGCCUAAGGAUUUGCACAUCGUCAGCACUGACGGGAAGCAGGUCUUUGCGGCGGUGCAGGAGUGGAACCAGAACGACACCUACAACCUCUACCUGUCUGAUACCAGAGGGAUCUACUUUACCCUGGCCAUGGAAAAUGUCAAGACAACCAAGGGCAUCGCUGGCAACCAGAUGUUGGACCUUUAUGAGGUGGCUGGAAUCAAAGGAAUGCUAAUCGCAAACAAGAAGCAGGACAACCAGGUGAAGACCUACAUCACCUACAACAAAGGCCGGGACUGGAGGCUCCUUCAGGCGCCUGCUGCCGACCUGGAGGGGAACGACAUCCACUGCAUUCUGCCUUUCUGUUCCCUUCAUCUCCAACUGCAAACGUCAGAGAACCCUUACGUGUCAGGGACCAUCUCCACCAAGAGUUCUGCUCCAGGCAUCAUUGUUGCCACAGGAAAUAUUGGGGCAGAGCUGUCGUACAACAACGUGGGCAUGUUUGUAUCCUCGGAUGCUGGCAACAGCUGGAGACCGAUUUUUGAAGAAGAGCACAAUAUCUGGUUUCUGGACAGAGGAGGGGCCAUUGUGGCGGUGAAACAGCCAUCUGUGCCAACAAGACAUCUGUGGGUCAGCUUUGACGAAGGGAGCCACUGGACUCAACACAGCUUCUCCUCGGUGCCGCUGUUUGUGGACGGAGUAUUGGUGGAGGCUGGCGCUGAGAACCAAAUAAUGACCUUUUUUGGACAUUUCAGCCACCGCUCUGAGUGGCAGCUCAUCAAGAUAGACUACAAGUCCAUCUUCAGCAGGAAGUGCACGGAGAAAGACUACCACACGUGGCACCUACACAACCAGGGCGAGCCGUGUGUGAUGGGUCAGAAGCAGAUUUACAUGAAACGCCAGCCGGGACACUACUGCAUGCUGGGAAAGGACUACUCCAGGAUCGUCUCGGCCGAAUCCUGCAUUUGCCGAGCUCAUGACUUUGAAUGUGAUUAUGGAUACGAGCGACGGAGCGACGGGAACUGCCGGCCGGCCUUCUGGUUCAAUCCUUCCUCUGUGUCCAGAAGCUGCAGCCAGGGUCAGAACUACUUCAACAGCACAGGGUACCGUAAAGUGGUGUUGAACAACUGCACCAAGGGCGUUAAAGAGAUGUACACGGCGAGGAAGCAGCAGUGCCCCAACAGGUCGCCCAAAGGACUCACCCUGACCACCAAAGAUGGCAAACUCACCGCCAACAUGGGCAGCAACGUCACCUUCGUCGUGCACCUGGAUGAGGGAGACUCUUUGAGGACAAACAUCCAGCUGGAUUUCGGCGAUGGCACGGCGGUCUCCUAUUCCAACCUGAGCUGGACCGAGGAGGGGAUCAAACACGUCUACAAGUCAGCGGGGAUAUUCCGAGUCACUGCGCUGGCAGAGAACACGCUGGGCUCAGACACCACGACGUUAUUCCUGCACGUCACAUGUCCAGUGGAGCACGUCCAGCUUCUUGCUCCCUUCGUGGUUAUCAGAAACAAGGAGGUGAACAUCACAGCGGUGGUCCUGCCCAGCCAAUCACGCACUGUCACCUACUUCUGGUGGCUUGGCAACAGCACAGAGCCGGUGAUAACCUUGGAUGGAAGUAUCUCAUACACCUUCAGGAGUGAAGGAAUGCACACCAUCACAGUUCAAGUAGCAUCCGCUAACACCAUCCUUCAGGACACCAAGACCAUAGCCGUCCAAGAAUUCUUCAAGUCUCUGCUUUUAUCUUUCUCCCCGAACUUGGACGAGUUCAACCCCGACAUACCCGAGUGGAGGCAGGAUGUGGGCAGAGUAAUUAAGAAGGCUCUGCUACAAGUGUCUGACUUCCCAGAGGAGCAGCUGUUAGUGGCUGUUUUCCCAGGAGUUCCCACAGCUGCAGAGCUCUUCCUGUUACCCAACAAGAACCAAUCCGAGGGGAAGAAAAAGAGCGAGGAAGAGCUAGAAAAGGCGUCCAGCAUCAUCGUAAGCGCCCUGAAUCAAAACCUUGUGGAGUUUGAGCUGAAGCCUGGCGUCAGAGUCAUCGUCUACAACACGCAGCUAACGCUCGCCCCGUUGGUGGACUCCAGUCCCAGACACAGCAGCUCGGCGAUGCUCAUGCUCCUCUCUGUGGUGUUCCUGGGCCUGGCUGUGUUCCUGAUCUACAAAUUUAAGAGAAAAAUACCUUGGAUCAACAUAUACGCUGAGGUGAACCAGGAGAAGGAGCAGGAGAUGAUUGGCUCGGUUGGUCAAGGCGAUGGCACGCCGAAAAUCACUCUGAGUGAGUUCACAGCAUCCAAAGAGCUCAUGGAGAAGGAACUGGAUGCCCGGGUCAAGAGAGGGGUCGGAAACGCCUGCGAGAGCACAAGGGAGAUUCCAAACUGCACCAGUGUGUGAAAGCUGACGUUUGUGUACAGAGCGAGGUAUCACAGUGUCCGCGGUUCCUCUCUAUUUCUGUUUUGUAAUUAUGGAGACGACUGAUGUUAAUAGUUUUUCUAAAAAGCCUCAUUUAUACAGACUUGCAUUGAUGUGUCGUCGGGCCACAUCCAAUGCAGCGAUGGGAUCUCUGUAACUAAUGACGAGACUUUUUGGUUUUGUGGACGUAAACGCUGCAUUCAUUUGCUGAGGGAAAUAUCUUUUUGUGGAUGUACGUUUCCUGAGAAGUUUGCUUUGAAAAUCAUUUCUGCCUAAAUGUAGACUAUAAUGUCCAAGUCUUCAAUCAAACAGGGAAUAUUACUGAAAUGUAUAAUAUUAACUUUUGUUCUGUUAUAUGUAAAUAUCCUUCCUUUCUACAUGCUCGUAGUCUCAUGGCGACGAUGUAAGAUCUGACGACGGUUGGUUUUUGAAGGUGUGUUUAAAAAGUAAGACAUUACUUAAAAAGAAACAUUUUGCUUUGCUGACGUCCUUGACUUGUGCAUGUUCCUACUGAGGACACAGUUUCUGUGUUGUAGAUAAGCAAGUGCUGUAUAUAGUUAUUUUCUAAACAUUCGUCAAACAAGCCCAGUCGGCUCUGGCCAGGUUCUGUUCUGCCUUCGUCCUCUUCAGUUACUGUUGGCUAAAACGGACCUUGUUGAAACGGGUCGACCUGUUAAUGUUCAGCCACGAUUAACAGAUUCAACAAAACCAGACGGAUCUACACUGGGAGGGUCGUGUAUGAUAUAUUUAUAUUUUCAGUAGAAAUAUACCCGAGAUAAGCAGACAUUUUAACUAGUUCAGUGUCUUUGAACCAAACAUCAAUAGCUUCUGGCAUCAUUAAGUUACGUUUAGCCUCUGAUUGAACACAACUGAGAUCAUAUUGCAGCGAACAGUUCACAGUAUUUUAGGGCGACGGUUGGAGAAAAUGGUUUAAAAUUAAAUAGAUAUUCAGUCAGAAAGUAUGUGUUUCCUAAACUUUUCAGCUUAUAACCCCACAAAUAACAGUGGGAGAAACGUACGACCCAGACUGUCCGGCAUUUCUACUAUAACAAUUUAUCAGGCCAACGACAAAAACAGCAGCGAUUGUUCUUUCUCGAUUUAUUUCACCCGAGUUUUAGGGUCCGGCAAAGGAAAAGAAACCUGAGGAGGAAGGAAGUUUUGUUUGCUUCAUACCCAUUUUAAGAUGAAUCUCAAAAUGACAAAAAUAUGUUGACUUGAUUAGAAACAAAUGUUGAAAAAGAAACUCAACAAUGAAGACAAAAUGUUAAGAAUAAAGUUUCUAUGUUAGGAUUAGAGCGUAACUACUAAACCAAACCAAUACUGGCUAUGCUUUAUGUAAAUGGGAUCAUACCUGUGUACUUUAGAAAAGGAUUUAAUAAACUAACUAUCUCCUUUAGCAAAUAAACAUCAUGUAUGCUCUUAGCAUGUAGGCCGUCCUAAUGCAUAGCAAACCUGUUAAUUCAAAACAUUCUAGUUUGUUCUCAGUAUUUUAACUUUGUUUGCCUGAUAGAAUGUGGACUUUUUUCUCAACAUUUUGACUUUAUUCUUGAAAUUAUAUUUUAACUUUAAUCUCAAUAUUUUAACAUUAUUCUGAAAUUAAAAAGGAAAAAGUGUUCGAAAAACACCAAACACUUGUUAUUUUCCCUCCAAAUGACACUAAUUAUCCUUUGUAAUUUAUAAUUGUAUAAAGUGCUGUUUAUAUAUCUCCUACAAUUGGACUCUAAUGGCCGGUUCUAUUUCAAAAUCAUAUGUUUGAUGGUUCAAUGCUGAAACCGACUCCCAUUUAAAAGCUGACAGAUCUAAAAUCUUAUUUCAUCCAUUAAAUUAUAACUUCAGUCUAGAGAAGAAAUUAAACACAGUUCUAGUUUCUUAAAGAAGUUACGUUAUGAUUCCUGUUCCAGUCAUCGGCACACAUUUGAUAGAUAUUUAUAGUUUCACCAGAUGUCCCUAAAUCAUCUGUCCUGCUCCUUUAAAAAUAAAUAACUCUCUUACUAAAAACUACAGACUAUAAAACUCUUUGAUGACCAUGUCCCGUCCCCCCAAAAAAAAUAACUCCUGCAGGUACAGUUGAAGAAAAUAGAAAGUACACCUGUUUUUAUUUAUUUAAGUUUUAAAAUAUCAGAACAUAUUUUUUAGUGUCAGUGUACAACAGUUAGUGAAAAGGUACACCACAGGAUAGUAUAUUUGAAUAAUUUUAGAAUAAUUAAACAUUCUAAAGGUGUACUUUCUUCUUACUUUGGCUAUACUCUGUCAAAUUCUCUUCUUUUAUAAAAAUGAAA